CCUCCCACCUCUGUCACGCCAGUUCUGGCUCCAAUUUGCCUCUACUGCCUCUGCAAGCGCAGGCAAGAUGGCAGCUUCCAUUUCGGCCAUAUUUUGGCUUUAAAACGCCUUAAUGAGAGUAAAUGGGGACCGUCCAGACCAUACUUUUAUACAGUCUAUAAUCACAACCCAAACUCCACAACGCGCCAAGCAGCACAUUUUUAGUUGCUGCGGAAGCACAGCUCAUUUAGGCUCAGCUCAGCUCACCUCAGGACUUGUUGUGCUACUAAGAUAUAAGGCAGUGUGAGGUUGGUGGAUGGUGGCAGUCGCUGUGCUGGGAGAGUGGAGGUUCUUCAUAGAGGGCAGUGGGGAACAGUGUGUGGUGAUGACUGGGAUAUGAGUGAUGCUGCAGUGGUGUGUAGAGAGCUGGGCUGUGGAGAAGCUGUAGAUGCACUGGGCAAAUCUCAUUUUGGAUCAGGAUCAGGACCAAUCUGGAUGGAUGAUGUGGACUGUAGUGGAUCAGAGUCUAGACUGAAGAACUGUAGAUCACCAGUAUGGGGUAAACAUGACUGCAAUGAAACCCACAAUUCUGGAGUCAUCUGUUCAGGAGCCAGGCUGGUUUUAGGUUCUCGCUGCUCUGGGAGAGUGGAGGUUCUUCAUGGAGAGAGCUGGGCCACAGUGUGUGAUGCUGACUUUAACCAGCAGGAUGCAGAGGUUGUGUGUCGAGAGCUGGGCUGUGGUUCUCCUGUGAAGGUUCUGGGAGCAGCUGCGUUUGGUAGAGGGGAGGGUCAGGUGUGGUCAGAGGUGCUUCAGUGUAGAGGAAACAAAUCUCAGACUCACUUCUGUCCAAAAUCAUCUUCACUCAAACACAACUGCUCCCAUGAUAAUGAUGUGGGACUGGUGUGUGCAGGAGUCCUGCUGGUUAAUGGCUCUCGCUGCUCUGGAAGAGUGGAGGUUCUUCAUGGUGAGAGCUGGUUCACAGUGUGUGAUGCUGACUUUAACCAGCAGGAUGCAGAGGUUGUGUGUCGAGAGCUGGGCUGUGGUUCUCCUGUGGAGAUUCUGGGAGCAGCUGCUUUUGGUAGAGGGGAGGGUCCGGUGUGGUCAGAGAAGCUUCAGUGUAGAGGAACUGAAUCUCAGAUUCACUUCUGUCCAAAAUCAUCUUCACUCAAACACAACUGCUCCCAUGAUAAUGAUGUGGGACUGGUGUGUGCAGACAGUGUGAGGUUGGUGGAUGGUGGCCAUCGCUGUGCUGGGAGAGUGGAGGUUUUUUAUAACAGAACAUGGAGAUCAGUGUGUGGUAAAAACUGGGAUAUAAGAGAUGCUGCAGUGGUGUGUAGAGAGCUGGGCUGUGGGGAGGCUGUAUUUAAAAAUGUUCAGUUUGGACCAAGAUCAGCCUGGAUGGAUGAUGUGAACUGUAGUGGAUCAGAGUCUUCAGUGAAGCACUGUAGAUCAGCUGGAUGGGUGGAACAAAUUUGUAAUCGACUUGCUGGAGUCAUCUGUUCAGGGGUCAGACUGGUGGGCAGAUCUCGCUGCUCUGGGAGAGUGGAGGUUCUUCAUGGAGAGAGCUGGGUCACAGUGUGUGAUGCUGACUUUAACCAGCAGGAUGCAGAGGUUGUGUGUCGAGAGCUGGGCUGUGGUUCUCCUGUGGAGGUUCUGGGAGCAGCUGCUUUUGGUAGAGGGGAGGGUCAGGUGUGUGUAGAGGCAGCGAAUCACAGAUUCACUUCUGUCCAAAAUCAUCUUCACUCAAACACAACUGCUCCCAUGAUAAUGAUGUGGGACUGGAAUGUUCUGGUGACAAGCGAAGACUUGUUGGUGGUCCUCACGCAUGCUCUGGGAGAGUAUAGAAGCUUCAUCGGAAUUCUUGGCUUCCAGUGUGUGAUGCUGACUUUAACCAGCAGGAUGCAGAGGUUGUGUGCAGCUGGGAGCUGGGCUGUGGUUCUCCUGUGGAGGUUCUGGGAGCAGCUGCUUUUGGUAGAGCAGAGGGUCAGAUGUGGUCAGAGGAGCUUCAGUGUAGAGGAAACGAAUCUCAUAUGUACCUCUGCCAGACAUCUCCUUCCCAACUGCUCUCACAACAAGGAUGUGGGACUAAGAUGCUCUGGUCACACUCAGGCUCGGCUGAUGAACGGCUCAGAUUCCUGUUCUGGUCGAGUGGAGCUCCAGUACCUCAGUUCUUCUCUGGGGUCUCAUGAGGGAGGAGUGCGGUUGUCUGGAGGGAUGGAGUGUGAGGGGGAAGUGGAGGUGUUCUUCAGGCAGGACUGGAGGAGAGUUCUGCUGGACUCCUGGAGUGAGUCUGAGGCCUCUGUGGUCUGCAGACAGCUGGGCUGUGGUUCUGUACUCAACAUCUCCAGCUCCUCUUCAUCCAGUCCUGAACACAGCUACAUGUGUGUGACGGGUUUCAACUGCUCUGGGAGUGAAGCUCAUCUGAGGAACUGCAGCAGCUCACAAGCAGUUAACUGCAGCUCCACAGUACAGCUCUACAUCACCUGCUCUGGUACAUCUAACACAGUCCACAGCUCCAUCAGGCUGGUUGGUUCUGGGGGAGACUGUGCAGGAAGGCUGGAGGUUUUCCACAGUGGAUCAUGGGGGACAGUGAGUGAUGAAUUGUGGGAUAUUGAGGAUGCGCAGGUGGUCUGCAGACAGCUGCAGUGUGGAGUGGCCCUCAGUGCUCCAGUACCGGUACCAGCCCGGUUUGGAUCUGGAACUGGACCCAUUUGGCUUAAUGAGGUGGAGUGUGAGGGGAACGAGGCGUCUCUGUGGAACUGCAGAUAUCAGCUGUGUGGAGAGGAUGAAUGUGGACACAAGGAUGAUGUAGGAGUCGUGUGCUCAGAGUAUAAAGAGAUCAGACUGACUGAGGGCUGUGAGGGGAAUCUGGAGGUGUACUAUAAUGGAACCUGGGGGAAUGUGUGUGUAAAUGGGAUGACAGAUGAAACGGCAAAAUUGAUCUGUCGAGAGCUGAACUGUGGAAGAACUGGCAGUGAGUCUUGGUCUAAAGCAAGAGUGGAAUCAGCUCCUAACUGGCUGGAUAAUGUAAAAUGUAGGAAACAUGACUCCACUCUGUGGCACUGUCCAUCUUCUUCCUGGGGGGAGAACAGGUGUGAUAAUCACAAUGAGGUUGCUUGCAUUACCUGCUCAGAGAAUGGAAAUACACUAGAUUUGACAAAUUGGCUGUGUGAUUCAUCUCCUCAUGAGAGACCGUGCUCAAAGCACAUUCCUCUGAGGCUGAGGGGAGGAGUAGGAAGCUGUUCUGGAUGGCUGCAGGUGUAUCAUAAUAAAACAUGGGGGUCUGUAUGUGGUGAUCUGUGGGACAUCAGGGAUGCUCAGGUGAUCUGCAGGCAGCUGGGUUGUGGGCCGGCGCUGAGUGCUAAUAGAAGAGCUGCUGAUGGUUCUGGUGGAGGAACUAUCUGGAUGAACAGAGUGAAGUGUAGAGGGAAUGAGAUUCACCUGUGGGACUGUCCUCAUUCCCUGAAGAACCACACUGACUGCUCCCACAGUGCUGGAGUCACUUGUGGAGGCUUCCUGUAUCAUACUUUGCCUUUAAAUAAUAAAAGAGGACAGAUGGGACAUUUUGUCUUGCAAGGUCAGGGACCACUUUUCUCCAUUGUAAACUCAACUGAAAGUAAGAGUAAAAUGUUUUUUUCUUCUCUCAAAGCAGACAUGUCUGGUCUUUACAGAAAUAAUGUAGCAGUUAAUCAAAUACUUGUCAGAUAACUCUCUUUUCAUAUUGUUAUAUUUUAGUGUUUAAAUAUUUAGUGUUUUUUUGUAGAUUUUCUUCCUUUGUUAAUAAAUUACACCAAUUUAUCUAUCUUUUCUUCCCACUGAAUAAUGUUCUGAAUAAUGUAUCUUCUCAUUCAAUAAAAUGUAUUUAUAAAAGCUAUUGGAUAAAAAAACUUUUAACAAUAAUUUUAGUUUUCUUUGCUUUUUAUUGUUCUAUGUAUUGCUCUUUUAUUGCAACUUUAAUAUUCACUAUCAUAGGGCACUACCAGUAUUUUCAGUUUCCAGUAGAGGGCAGUGUUAGACUUUUAGACCCUGUGGAUGUUUAGUUUCUGUAACAGUAAUGCAAGAUGAUUGACAGGGAUUAUUUUAUUGUUUGUGCAUGGAGUUUCUGUAGGUUCACAUGUGCUGUAGGUACCAAAUGUGUAGCACCUCAAACUAUCAAAAUAUGUUACUGUGCCUGUUUACUUUUUUGAGACCAGAAAGUUAUUUCUGUGGCGAGAGGUCAUGAGAUCUUGGGGAAAAGGGAAAAGAAAGAAGAAAAAAAGGAAGAAAUAGGGAGACACUUAAAUCAGGCCCUCAAACCCACAUUUACAUUUUUUGUAACAAAUAAAUAGAAAACACAGACACAAGCAAUAACAAUAAAAAAAACACUUAUUUAGAAAGCAAUUUACAAAGCUUUGAUCUGCUCUCCCUCUCCUCUCCUCCUCUUUACAUCCUGGAAGCCUCCUUCUGCUGAUCUUCCUCUUUCGGGUGGGGAUGGAGACGGUGGAGAGGCAAGUGCUGCUGCUUGAGCUCCAGGACACUGAAGAUGCUGGGUCUUCGGGGACUGGGCCUGAAUUUACAGAAGAGAAAGAUCUGUAGAUUUACUUUCACAUAGUUACUGUAGUCCUGUAAUAGUUUAUCCAAAUAAGAUCUACAGUUCUCCAUAGUUCAUACAUUUGUCUCAUUAACAUACACUGUUUUUAGCUUGUAUGGGAUCCUGGGCAAACCCCUGAUUCAGCACUUCUCUCAUACCAUUUUAUACACUGCCUGUAUUUGUAAUUAAUGUACUAAACUAGAAAUGUCAAAAAAGUAACCAAAUAAAUAACUUUACUGCAGGAUACACACUAUCAUGAUGAAAUAAUAGAAUUAGUAAAACAACUAUUUUUUUAAACAAGCAAGCCUGGAUGAAAAUGUUCAGAACAGAGAAUUAAGAAUGACAAGUAUUUAAAAUUAAGUACAGAUACAGUCCAUCAUUCAUUCUGACAGGUGACUUUAAUUUAGUUUUAGUCUUUUGUUUGUCACACUUUAGUCAUUUAGUCAACAAAACAUUUAAGCCUAGUCUAGUCAAAUAAAAAGUAUGUAUUACAUUUAUGGUUUUACUGUUUUAGAUGUGUAUUAUUUAUUGCUAAUAUUUAUUAAAACACCAGCUUUUAAGUUUUGUUUCAUUUAAAUUAAGCACAAGCUAUUUAAAACAAGGUGUAUGUAUGGACAUAUUGACAAUUUAAAGAACAACUCCCAGGUUCAGAUGAUGCAAAAAUGAAAGACAACCAAAACUGAGAUAAAAUGGCAAUACAGCUAAUUGACAUUCUUAAAACUACAUUUCAUUUUAACAGUUUCUCAACUAGAAUCUCUCCUUUACUCACAGCUAAAUUGGUGUACUCUCAUUAUAUAUAUGUAUAUGAUAUAUAUGUGUGUGUGUGUGUGUGUGUGUGUGUGUAUAUAAUAAAAUAGCAUUUUAAAAUCUAAGAACUUGCUGACAAAUAUGAUUCAUCUUUAUUCUGAAGUGCUCAGAAUAGCAGAGGACUGACAGCUUAGGUACCAUACUAAUGCAUACAUAACUACAUAGGUAGUUAGUUAUCUAUAUUGUAAUAAGUUGUUCACAGUCAUUACAUUGCAAAAAACUAAAUCUUAGCAAGUUAAAUUAUCU